AUGGGCAAACUUUCAAAUGAUUCAUCAUCUUCAAACUGUCAUGAUUUAUUUAGCUUUUUCCCAAAUGAAGUUUAUUCAUCAUAUGAUAAACUUCAAUACUUUUCAAGAGAUUUAAAUACAUCAGUAUUACAUCCAGAAAUUGUAUUUGUUGGACCAAGAUCAUCAGGAAAAUCAUCAUUAAUUGAAGCAUUUAUUGGUAGAGCUUUAAAUAUUGUUGGUGCAUCUUCAACUUUGGCCAAUGGUUGUUCAAAGAGAGUUUUAUAUUUACAAUUUAACAAUAAUAACGAUUGUGAUAUCCCAAAAGUCACUAUUAAAAAAGAUAAUAACCUUAAAGAGUUUGAUCACGAUAUUAUUAUUCCAUUAGAACAAUUAAAUGACAGUUUAGCCAAAAGAAACUCAAGUGACUUCUCAGAAGAACCAAUCUAUGUCACAAUUGAAUCAAGAAACACACUCAACAUGACUUUAAUUGAUUCACCAGGUCUUUUAUUUACACCAACCGAAACUGCCGAGUCAACUAAAAUUGAAUCGAUUGUUUCAUCAUUGUUACGUCCAACUCAUCGUUUAAUUAUUGCCGUUGAAUCAUGUAAUCAAGAUUGGAAAACUAUGUCAAUGAACCAAUAUUUAAAGAAGAUUGAUCCAGAACUCUCCAGAAGUACUUUUGUUUUCACAAAAUUCUUUAAUACAGUACGUGGUUUCAGCAACACCCGUGAUAUUAACAAAUAUCUUAGUGGCACUGUUCCAGACAUUAAACCAUUCUUUGUUACAUUACCAAACUAUCAAGUUCGUGCAUCUUUCUCUGAACCAAAUCGUUUCCAAGAAAAAAUCUAUCAAGCCCAUAAAAGAGAUAUGCACGCUCUCGAACAACUUCAAUAUGACAAGAGAUAUGAACGUUCAAUUGGUGUCCAACCAUUAAGAAAAUAUAUUUUAAAUAUUGUUUGGAAGAGCUAUCAAGAUACAAUCCCACGUAUUCUUAAACACUUAAGAGCAAAACGUCAAAAUGCCGAAGCCACUCUCAAUGAACUCCAAAAACAAUAUUCUUCAUUAGAUGCAACCAAACUUCGUUCAAUUGCCUCAAACUAUACUGUUACCUUCCUUCAAAUCACCGAAAAACUUUUAUCUGGUACCUCUGAAGGUAAUCCAUCAGCCAAUGGUCAAACUUUAGAAGAAGAAAAAGCUCAUCAAGGAGAUUGUGGUGAAUGGGUUGAUGCCUAUAAAGAAACUAUCAAUAUUGACCCAGAAGAAUGGGGUAUUCCAUAUUGGAACAGCAGAUUAUAUGGUGGUCAACAAUUAGAAAGAUUAAUGGCCGAGUUCAAAGCUGUUUGUGACAAUAGUAAAAUCUCUGAAGUUAAAAUGGAUGAUAUCGCCACCGCCUCUGGUAUCAAUAAACUUAAUAAUAUUCCAGAUUAUGCAUGGGCAGCUAGUGAUCUUACCUCACUUAUCUCUAGAGACACCUUUGUUCCAUUAAUUGAGCAAUUAUGCGAACGUGCAAUGUAUAUCAUGAAGAGAUUAACAGAUAUUGCCGAUAAAGUAAUUGAUUCACGUAAAAAGAGUCGUGUUGGCUUCAAUGGUCGUCUUUCAAGUAACAAUGUAGAUAUGGAUAACAUUGAUCAAUAUCCAUUCUUUACCCAUCAUGUUAAAAAUCUUUACUAUGAUUUUGUUCAUAGAGCUUCAAAAGGUUGCAAAGAGAAAUGCAUGGACGAAUUUUAUUCAUCAAGAACCAUCUAUUGGGAAUUAACCGAACACCCAGAUAGCUCAUUACCAUCAAUUAGAAGUGAUCACCAUGAAACUAAAACUGCUGUUUGUCAAUUAGCCACCAAAUUAUUUGAUUCAAUUCGUCAAAGAAUAACCAAAAAUGUUUUAUUAAAACUUUACAAUUUCUUUUUAGUUCCAAUGCAAACUGAUCUUUGGAAUGAAAUUCAAGCCCAAAUUACCUGUCUUACUAAUGAACAAUUAGAACAAUUAUUUGAAGUUCAAGCCACUCGUGAACAAUUAAAAGACGAAGAGAAGAAACAACAACAAAUUUUAGAAAAAUAUUCUCAAAUUGAUGAGUUAUUCUUAAAAUCAGCCUCCCAAUUUUGUCGUCCUUUAUCCCAAAAUCCAACUCCUUCCGCUUAA